AUGGAUAAUAGUGUUAUUCGAGAAGUUUUUCAUGAACAAUUGAGCAAUGAUGAUGAAGAACAACAAAUAUGGUGUAUUGUUCAAUAUUUCAAUCAAUUCCAAAUAUUCGAUUCUAUACUUUAUGUCGUUCACUUUACGAUACUAUAUUCUAUGAAUUUCCUUUAUACUUUGAUUAUAAUAGUGACAACAACUGGAGCACAUUCCAAAGCUUAUCAUCAACAAAUAUAUGAAAAUCAUUUACGACAACAAACAUUGAAUUAUUAUCUUGACUAG